AUGAAGUGGGUAAUAACGGUGGCUCUUCUCUUCCUUGGCGCCGUCAAUCUUUCUGCGGUGACAUCGGCGCAGCCCGCCCCGUCACUCCCAAAAGAGAAGGGUAGAAUUGAGCAUAUCAGGGCCCCUCAUGCUUUUGACGACACAAAGCCGCCAGCAGAGGACUUAACCAACAAUGGUGAUGAAUCAAAGAGUAAUCCAAAUCCGUUGCCGCCCAAAGAGAAAGGGAAAAUUGAUUAUUCCGAAGUCCUGCCUCUUGUUGACGAUACUCAUCCGCCGGCGGGGAAGGUAACCACUGGUGGUGCCAAGGAUGAAGCAGCUAACGGUGACCCAUCUGCGCCGCUGCCCAAAGAGAAAGGUCAAAUUAUGCCUUCCAAAGUCUGGCCUGCUUUCGACGACACGCAACCGCCUGCGGAAAAGAUAACUACCGGUGGUGACGAUGUUAAAGGAAAUCCAACUCCGUCACCACCUAAGGAGAAAGGGGAAAUUGAGUAUAUCCACGUCCCUCGUGCUUUUGACGACACACAGCCACCAGCGGAAAAGAUAACGAAUACUGGGGGCGAGGCCAAUCCAAUACCGUCACCGCCUAAGGAGAAAGGGAAAAUUCAUUAUUUCAAAGUCCCAAAACUUGUCGACGACACUCAUCCCCCAUCAACCGUGACAAACAAAGCCGACGGCAACAAUGCACCGAACACCAAGAGAUCAUCUAAAGGGCCUCGGAAAAAGAUGUUUAACUUCAAAUUCGAGCCCAAUGUGAGCGUUGACGUAAAACCGAAUCCACACGCAUCGCCGAGGGACAAGCUGAAGGUUCGCAUCCAAGUCCGGCGUCGUGACGGUAAAAGGCCAAAUAGUGCUGGCCAGGUUGCUGGCUCGAAGCGUAAUCCAACUCCGUCUACGCCUAAGGAGAAAGGGAAAAUUAGGCAUUCCCAAGUCUUUCCCUUUUUUGACGACACGAAACCGCCAGCGGAUAAGAUAACUACCGAUGGUGACGAAUCAAAGAGUAAUCCAUCUCCGUCAUUUCCGAAACAGAAAGGGAAAAUUGCGUAUUUCGACGUCCGUCCUGCUUUCGACGACACGAAGCCGCCGAUGAAUAAGCCCAGCACUGCUGGCAAGAAGAAUAAUGCAGCGUCCUGGGAUACCCGUAGGACUACACGCAACAUCCGCAGCAAUAAAUUUUGGACCAACGACCAAGAAUGGGUUGGAAUGGCCUCACUAUAA